AUGAGAAAGUGUCCCCUUGAAAAUGAUCCCGUGUUCACUUGUAAGCAAGAAUAUGUUCCAGCAUUAACUGCCCCGUUCCUCACACUGGGAGUCCAGACCGUCUCCAAAGACUGUUCCCUUAAUAACCCUCAGUGGCUUUUCUCCAGGUCUUUGAGAAAGUACAAGCUGAACUGUCCAAAUUCUGCUAAUGUUCUUGUCAAAUCUAACGGUGAUUUUGUUUUUGCAGCGGAUGUGGCGCGCUGCUUGAACAGUGCGCUCCAGGUGGGCUGCGGUGCCUUCGCCUGUCUUGAAAACUCAACGUGUGACACAGAUGGCAUGCACGACAUCUGCAAGUCCUUUCUCUACAGUGCUGCUAAAUUCGACACUCAGGGCAAGGCUUUUGUGAAAGAAAGCUUGAAGUGCAUCGCCAAUGGCAUCACUUCCAAGAUCUUUCUAACAGUCAGACGGUGCUCCACCUUCCAGAGGAUGAUUUCGGAGGUUCAAGAGGAGUGUUACAGCAAGCAGGAUAUUUGUACAGUGGCCAAAUCAAACCCAGAAGCCAUUGCAGAUGUGGCUCAGCUUCCCAGCCACUUCCCCAACAGGUUUUAUGGGAAACUACUGCAGAGUUUGAUGGAGUGUGACGAUGAGACGGUGGACCUGGUGAGGGCAAAUCUUUUGACCCGAUUAGGGCCCGAGAUCACCAUGCUCUUCCAACUGCUGCAGAACAAGCCGUGUCCGUCUGCUGCAGUACCUACUGGAAUGGAGACUCGUGGUGGGUGGCGGUGGUCUGUCAGUCCCCAUGGAUACAAGAUCCAGCCAAAUCUACGCAACAGAGAUGCCUCGAACCUCUUUGGCAAGAAACGCAACAUUGGUGACAGCUCUUAACUUCAGACCAAUUUGCCAGUCCAAACUUAGCCAUCGUGCACACAUAUACAAACGCAAAGUGAAAACACACACGCAUAAAAAAAGAAAAAAGACAAAACAGUGGUUUAUUUUCCGAGGCUAUACAGGGACACAUUCCUUCUCAACUGGAAAAACGCAUGCACCAGUGUGAAAACAUCUCGAAUGUCCAAUUCUAUGUUUAUCACUUCAUAUUCGACGAGUUUUACACGUUCGAGGGGAAAUCGGCUUGUAGGUCGAGUCAAGGUCAUCCAGCGGGAGUCAUCUAGGCCAUAAUGUAGAGAGCUCUUAGAUAGACUUAUUUCCAUGAAAAUAUCUCUAGAAACAAAAGGAAAAUACUAUCGAAAAAAAAAAUCAAUAAAUAGCCAUUUGUAUAUGAAAUAUAUCUUACAGAGA